CGCGUAGUCUUCCGGAGCUGGUAGUGUCCGCGCGAGUGGAAGAGGAGAAAAAAGUUGAAAUCCCAGAAGCGGCAGAGCGAUGGCGGAGUUCGCCAAGCUGGGGCUGGCGUCGUGGCUGGUGGAGCAGUGUCGCCAGCUGGGUCUGAAGCAUCCCACGCCGGUGCAGCAGAACUGUGUCCCCGCUAUUCUAGAGGGUCGAGACUGCAUGGGGUGUGCAAAGACUGGCAGUGGCAAGACUGCUGCUUUUGUUUUGCCUAUUCUGCAAAAGUUGUCUGAGGACCCCUUUGGCAUUUUCUGCCUUGUGCUGACUCCCACCAGGGAGCUGGCUUAUCAGAUUGCUGAGCAGUUCCGUGUCCUUGGGAAGCCCUUGGGAUUGAAAGACUGUAUCAUCGUUGGAGGAAUGGACAUGGUGGCCCAGGCCCUGGAACUAUCCCGCAAGCCCCACGUGGUCAUUGCAACGCCAGGCCGCUUGGCUGAUCACCUCCGAAGCUCCAAUACCUUCAACAUCAAGAAGAUACGCUUUUUGGUGAUGGAUGAGGCCGACCGGCUGUUGGAACAGGGCUGCACCGACUUCACCAAAGACUUGGAAGUGAUCUUUGAUGCAGCCCCAGCCCGGCGGCAGACACUUCUCUUCAGCGCCACCCUUACCGACACGUUAAAGGUUCUCCAGGGCAUUGCUACUAAUAAGCCCUUCUUCUGGGAGGCCCCAGCUGAGGUCCGCACUGUGGAACAGCUGGACCAGCGCUACUUGCUGGUGCCUGAGAAGGUCAAGGAUGCCUACCUUGUCCACCUGAUUCAGACCUUCCAAGAUGAGCAUGAGGAUUGGUCCAUCAUCAUCUUCACCAGCACGUGCAAGACCUGCCAGGUAUUGAACAUGAUGCUGAGGAGGUUCAACUUCCCUUCUGUCGCACUACAUUCCAUGAUGAAGCAGAAAGCUCGCUUUGCUGCUUUGGCCAAAUUCAAGUCUAGCGUCUACCGGAUCUUGAUUGCAACGGAUGUGGCAUCUCGAGGCUUGGAUAUCCCCACGGUGCAGGUUGUUAUCAAUCAUAAUACUCCAGGCCUUCCUAAGAUCUAUAUCCAUCGGGUAGGGAGGACUGCCCGGGCAGGGCGCGACGGCAUUGCCAUUACCCUGGUGACUCAGUAUGACAUACACCUGCUGCAUGCCAUUGAGGAAGAGAUCAAGAUGAAGCUGAAAGACUUCAGUGUGGAGGAGGCCACCGUCCUCAAAAUCCUCACCCAGGUCAACGUGGUCCGAAGAGAGUGUGAGAUUAAACUGGAGGCCACAGACUUUGAUGAGAAGAAAGAGAUCAAUAAGAGAAAGCAGCUGAUCCUGGAAGGGAAGGACCCAGACCUUGAGGCCAAGAGGAAGGCAGAGCUGGCUAAGAUCAGGCAGAAGAAUCAGCAGUUCAAGGAGAGGGUGAUGCAGACACUGCAGAGGCGGAAGGCCUUGAGACUGAAGAGGAAACAGCAGCGGAAGCAGCAGCGGCAACAGCAGCCACUGCCAUCACCGAAGGCCAAAGAGAAGAAGAAAAAGUGAGGGCCUCAAGGCCCAGGGUCAGACCUUGCCCCUGCCCUGCCCCAGAGCAAACAUCUGGGGCUGAAGACUGCCACCCCCACCCUUUCCGCAAUGCUGGGAUGGAGCCAGAGCAAGAAGGCUGCUAGAGGAUGCCUGGCUCCAGCCACAGCUGUGCCUUUUGACCAACCUACAAUAAAGAGUAUUAUUUAUUGA